AUGUCUGAUUAUUUCCCAAAUAUAACAAAUGCUGCCAUUGCUGCCGCUGUUGCAUCUCAACAACAAAAACAAAAUAUUAAUAAUAACACUAAUAAUAAUAAUAAUAAUAAUCACAACAAUAAUAACAACCCUCCUCAUCAACAUCAACAGACCAUUCAACAACAAAUUGAACAGUCCCAACUUCAACACCAACAACAAAUUAGUCCAAACACAACCACGAUCAAUACCAACAAUACAAUUAACAAUUCACCACCAAACCAAAUAAUGACCAAUGACUGUAAUACUAUAACAACAAAUAAUAACGUUUCAAUUCAACAGCAAGGAAUAUCACCAACAACUAUAAUGGACCAUAGUAUCGCUCUUGUUGGUAUAUCUGGAAACGACAUGAUAUACUCUACCCUUCUUCAACCAGAUUCCAGAGCCAUUGCUUCAACACCAAUCGACAAUAGUAUGGAUGUUCAAUACAAUAGCUUGGAUAUUCCUCCAACUACAAUCAAUGUAGAGAUGGGACAACAAACAAAACAAUCCUUCCCUUCUUCGUCGUUCCAACUAGUGCAAACCAUUCCAACGACAAAUAGUGCAGAGGAAACAACAGUUCCAACAUUGGUUCAGGAUCCCGCUUUUAUGAGCUUAACCAAUCCAGAUCCAAAUUUCUAUUCUCUAUUGCCUUCGCUCGUUGAAGGAGAAUCCAAUAUUGAAUUUGGUCAUCUUCAAAUACCAAACUUUUAA